CGCGGAAACGCCAAAAGCUUACGGCAAAGCGGCCGACGGCGAGGCAGCCGACGGCGAGGCAGCCGACGGCGAGGCGGCCGACGGCGAGGCGGCCUACGGCGAGGCAGCCGACGGCGAGGCGGCCGACGGCGAGGCGGCCGACGGCGAGGCGGCCGACGGCGAGGCGGCCUACGGCGAGGCAGCCGACGGCGAGGCGGCCGACGGCGAGGCGGCCGACGGCGAGGCGGCCUACGGCGAGGCAGCCGACGGCGAGGCGGCCGACGGCGAGGCGGCCUACGGCGAGGCGGCCGACGGCGAGGCGGCCGACGGCGAGGCGGCCGACGGCGAGGCGGCCGACGGCAAAGCGGCCGACGGCGAGGCGGCCGACGGCGAGGCGGCCUACGGCGAGGCGGCCUACGGCGAGGCGGCCGACGGCGAGGCGGCCGACGGCGAGGCGGCCUACGGCGAGGCGGCCUACGGCGAGGCGGCCGACGGCGAGGCGGCCGACGGCAAAGCGGCCGACGGCGAGGCGGCCGACGGCGAGGC